AUGCCUCCAUCCAGAUCCCAAGACAACACCCCCUCCUGCUUCACCGACACCCACGGUGUUAUCACCACGACAACCAACGACCUCCCCGGCUACAAAAUCACCAAAGUCCUCGGAACAGUCUACGGCCUCACCGUCAGAACCCGCAAUUGGGGCACUGAUCUCGGCGCGAUCGUGCGCUCGUCUGUGGGCGGUGAGCUCCGCCCGUUCACCAAUCUGAUGUAUACGUCGCAGAAUGAGGCCGUCGAGCGACUAGUCGGAGAAUGUAUGGGGCGCGGGGGGAAUGCAAUCGUUGCGAUGAGGUUCGAUGUCUCGAGUAUUGGGGCUUGUUCGCAGGUGUGUGCGUAUGGGACUGCUUGUGUGGUGGAGAGGAUUGAGGGGUAA